AUGGGUUCAGAAUACACCAAAUCAGCAAAACGCAGAUCAAGUGUUAAUUCUCCAUAUCGGAUUGAUGAGAAGGAAAAGGAAUCAAUUAAGGCGGAGAUACACGUGGAGCUGCAAGAACAGAUGCAAAGUCAAUUCAAUGCCAUUCUGAAGCACAUGAACUUGCCGCCUUUGCCAUUUCCCUCGAGUACCCCAGUAGACUCAUGUAGUCACCCAGGAGGCCCCGAGGACGAUCCAGUAGUUGAGAGAGAGGAUCCUAGUCCUAUGGAUGCAGAGUCACUGAAGAGAGCAAAUCCGAUGCCUGAACCUUUCCCAGAUGUUAAGGAAGAGACGCCUUGUGAGCUUCUUCACCCCGGGGAAAACACCGGUGGACAGUUGCAGUUGGUGGGGUAUGGUAGUGCACAACCUUUUGACAAGGUCCAUUUUAAGUCUAAUACUAGCACCCAUUACAUCUCGGUCGGGAUCGAUUCUAUAGUUGCUGGGUUUAAGGACUUACCACUACCGGUGCCUAAAGAGGAAUAUGAUUUUUUUAAGCUGCGUGACGCGACCAGGAGCUUUGUGCAAUGGCCACGUGAUCAGUUGAGAUUACUAUGGAAAUUCAGUCCGCUAAAAGGAAGAAGGUGGAGAAGCCAAAAUCCAAGGAAAAAGGUCCUCCAAAGAUGGAACAAGGACAAGUGUUGA